UACGUUUUUUGAAAGAUUGAAAAAAAGGGGUUACCCUGUUUAUGAGGAGAGCAAAAAGGGCAAAACACCAGAGCGACCCCAGUUGAAUCCCAGACCAAUUCCAGACAAAACAAGCACCGCGCAGUUGAAUCCAAAACAAAAAAGUUAGAGUGAGAGAAUGGGGAAAAGACAAAUCCCAGACCCUCCUAACUUGAAGAAAUACGGCGUUCCAUUCUACUCCGUUGCUUGGAUUCCUCAACAUCUUAUCAAAUCGCACCAAAUUCAAACUGCCCAUGAUUCCGAUGAUUCCUCCAACUCCGAUCACAACUCUGCGCCCUCCACCGAACCGGAGUCAGAGCCCGCGGCUAAGGCGGAGUCGGAGCCUGCAUCGGUCACCACCGGGAACUACCUGCUGUUCACCGGUGGCGGUGGAGCUGGUCGCAGCGGUAUUCCUAAUGCUUUGGUUAUUGCGCAUUUCGAUAUUGCAUCCAAUUCUCUCUCUAGCCAACCGGAUGGCACUUCAUUCCCAGGGUGAUGGCCUUAUUUGUGCAAUGGAAACGCCAAAGGUUUGCAGAUGGUUUGACUGGGAUUAUCAAAAUAAGAGCUCUGAAAUUCAUAAGUUGAGUCUGAAGAUGUCAGAUAAAGUGCUCACGCAGUUGGAGGAUGUUGGACAACAAUUAGCAUUAGCAUUCAACAAUGAUGGUACUGCACUGGCUGCUGGUGGGGAGGAUGGCAAUAUAAGGGUUUUCAAGUGGCCUAGCAUGGAAGUCAUUCUCAACGAGUCUAAUGCUCAUUCUUCUGUGAAGGAUUUACAUUUCAGUUCUGAUGGUAAAUUACUUGCCUCUUUGGGAAGUGGUGGCCCAUGCAGGGUUUGGGACGUUUCUUCAUCAAUGGUCUUAUCUUCUCUACCAAAUGAAAAUCGUGAAACUUUUAGCUCUUGCAGAUUUUCUCAAACAAAUGACAAGACUCAGGUCUUGUAUAUGGCUGCCAUGACAGAUAAAGGUGGAAGCAUCCUUACCUGGAAUACACAAACAUGGGAAAGGAUGGGCUCAAAGCAUAUUAUUCGUGAUGCAAUCUCUGCAUUUAAUGUCUCAGCUGAUGGAAAGAUUCUUGCAUGUGGAACACCUUCAGGAGACAUUGUAAUUGUAAAUUCAACAAAUAUGCGGAUUCAAACAAUGAUAAAAAAGGCUCACCUUGGCAUUGUAACUGCUUUAGCAUUCUCCCCUGAUUCAAGGGCUUUGGCUUCGGUAUCUAUGGAUUCAAGUGCAAGGGUAACAAUAAUUGAAGAGAAGAAGACAAAUGGAGGGCUGAGCUUGUGGAUUGCAGUAUUUAUCAUCCUACUUGCUAUUGCUGCUUACUUUCACCAGCAAGGACUUGAAAAAUGAAGGUUCAAGAUUUUUCUUAUUUCAAUAUGAAACAUUUAGCAACUUUGUGAAUGCCACUGCUUAGUUCAGAUGCAUUUUCAUUUUGAGGGGUUUUCUGAUACUUUUUUUUUUUUUUUUUUGUAUUGGCAUCUUCAUGAACAGUUGUUCUUGGACAACCCUCUCUCUAAAAUGCCUUGUAACAUGGCUUGUAUCGUAACCUUACAUGUUUUGUGCAAUUUUUCCUUGUAGAAUGGAGUAGUUAUUCAUUACUUCUCGCUAUUUUGAUGUUAUUUAUAUAGCUUUUCAGUGAGAAAUGCCCCGAGGGCACGUGUGUAGAAUAGUCCAUAAACUAGUUAUAAAUAUUUGCUAUAAGGUGUGUGAUUA